UUAGAUGCUGAGUUGAGGCCAAUAAGAUUUGAUUUCACAUCUCCAUUGUCCUUCACUUCCAACAUUUGAGAAACAAGCAAAGAAAGAUGGCCAAUCUUAGAAGUCUCACAAAACAUUUCAUAUGUGCUUGUCAGCUUCUCUUGUUAUUGCAAGCCAAAGUCUUUUGUUCUCAGUACAAGGUUGGAGAUUUAGAUGCUUGGGGCAUUCCAACAUCAGCAAAUCCCCAAGUAUAUGCCAAAUGGUCCAAAAACCAUUCCUUCAAGCUCGGAGACUCUCUCUUGUUCCUAUACCCACCAAGUCAAGAUUCAGUGAUCCAAGUGACGGAACAAUCCUACAACAGUUGUAACCUCAAAGAUCCAAUCUUGUGCAUGAAUAAUGGCAACUCACUGUUCAACAUCACUAAGCCUGGGGAGUAUUUCUUCACCAGUGGGGAGCCUGGUCACUGUGAAAAGAAGCAGAAGCUGUACAUCGCCGUGCUUUCAGGCAACGGCUCUGCAGCACUUGCUCCUUCUUACGGUCCAUCUGCAUUACCGGACACUGCAUCGUCACCGUCUUACACGACUGUCUUCGGCAACAUCCCUCAACCGCCUUCUUCAUCGCCGUCACUAGGGUUCCCAUUAUUCGUUACAGCUGUUUUUGCAUUAGCCACAUGGGGAAUAAUCAAUGCCAUGAUAUGAAGAAGGGGACAUAGUUACUCGCUCUCUACUGUCAAAUUGUCAAACCAUUCCAUUUGGCAUUUUAUUUAUUUUUCUUUCAAAUGUUAUUUCUAGAAUUUGGGUUUUAUUCUUCGGAUUUGUGAUUCAUUUUUCGGUGAUGAAACUUGCAAAAGAGAAUACGAACAGUGAAGUGGGAGGUCUAGAGAGUAUUGUAUAA